UACUUAUUUAUUUUUUCAUAAUGUGGCAACAUUUUACCACUCGCCAUUUUGCAAGAAUGUCAGCCAAAUCAUCAGAGCGAGUUUUUAGUUAAUUUUUAUGUUAUCGCAUAUUAAAUUAUAGUGAUUUUGUGUUUUGAAUAUCGUUUUUAUUGAUAAACAGCAAAAUGGACCGUUUUAUUAGCAUGUGGAAAGUUCGGGAGUUGGCGGAUAAAGUCACAAAUGUAGUCAUGAACUACACGGAGGUGGAAGGCAAGGUCCGCGAGGCGACGUCAGACGAGGCGUGGGGUCCCACCGGCCAGCAGAUGCAGGAGCUGGCGCUGGCCACCUUCACGUACGAGCACUUCCCCGAGGUCAUGUCCAUGCUAUGGCGGCGGAUGCUCCACGACAACCGCUCGCAUUGGCGACGCACAUACAAGUGUUUGCUACUCCUGAGCUACCUAGUGCGCAACGGCUCGGAGCGCGUCGUGACGUCGGCGCGGGAACACAUAUACGAUCUCCGCUCACUCGAGAACUACACAUACGUCGACGAUGUUGGGAAAGAUCAGGGUAUAAACAUAAGGCACAAAGUGCGAGAACUGAUAGACUUCAUACAGGACGAUGAGAAACUGCGCGAGGAGAGGAAGAAGGCUAAGAAGAACAAGGACAAGUAUAUAGGCAUGUCGUCGGACGCGGUGGUGAUGGGCAUGCGCGGCAGCUCGGCCGGCUGGGGCGAGUACAGCGACCGCAGCGCCGCCAACUGGGAGGAGCCAAAAGAGAGGAACGAUGAGGAUGAAUACGAGAGGGAGGACUCGGACGGAGACUACGGACAUCAUCGUGAGAGGAGGCCACACAAAGAGAACGUAUACCGCGAUUCUGACGUAGUAAGUUCGAGUCCCCCUCGCGCUCGCUCACUGGAGCCGGGGGAACGAGCGGAGCGGGGGGACAGGGGGGGACACAAACCAUUCAGCAUCAACCUCAAGAGCCCCGCCAAACAGAAACCUAGCACGCCUGUCAAGAAGAUUGACCUUGGUGCAGCAGCGACGUACGGUCAGUCCGGCAGUAGCGCCGUGUCGGCGGCCGGCGGCCCGGGCCCGGCGGCCCCCGGGCCGGCCGCGCCCGUCCAGUCGCAGGAGCUGCUGGACGACUUGUUCAAGACCUGCGCGCCCGCCACGCACUCGCCGCACAACGAUAUACUCGACGACUUCGAUCCUAGAGCGGAAGAGCCCCUUCCUCGCAAAGUAUCGAAUGAAUUUGGCGACUUUACGAAUGCGUUCGGUCCUCCAGCGAACAACAACGAAGGAUUCGCAGACUUCUCGAGUGCUUUUACUGACAACAACAACUCCAACAACUUGCUCAGCGCUGGAAACAACCUGGCGCCCACUCCUAACCUAAUGGCGCCCUCUAAUAACCUAAUGGCGCCCUCUAAUAACCUAAUGGCGCCCUCCAAUAACCUAAUGGCACCCUCUAAUAACCUAAUGGCGCCCUCCAACAACCUCAUGGCGCCCAGUAAUAACCUUAUGGGUAUUGGCAGCAACCUGAUGACGCCGGCCAAUAACUUGCUCAGCUCGAGUAACAACAGUGCACCAGCUUCGGCUCCUGCGUCCAACGUGGACCUGCUGAGCUCGCUGCCCGCGGGCGCCUCGUUCGACGCCGUGGACGCGCUGAGCUCGCAGCUGGGCGCCAGCACGCUCUCUGCAGGCGAAACAAGCGAGUCCCCCUUGCAACGAGCCAUGAACCAUGCGAUGCAGGUGAUUCACGAGACGGCCAGCAUUACCAGCCCGGGCCAGGCCGCGCGCCUGCAGGCGGCGCUGGGCGGCGUGGCGCGCGAGCUGCCCGGGCCGCUGACGGUGCAGCGCCUCGCGCCGCCCGCCGCCUGCCCCGCGCUGUACCUCGUGGAGGACAGCUUCCAGCUGGCGCACGAGUCGCUGGCCGGCCUGGCGGCCCGCCUCCGCACCGAGCCGCGCCGCGCCGCGCUGCACGCGCUGUCCGACCUGCUCGUCGCCUACGUCAAGAGUGACGUCAUCCUCAUCGCCAUGGUAGACUGCAGCCGGCCCUGCGAGGAGGCGGACUACUACCGGCUGCAGAAUGCCUGGGACGACUACGUACAGAUACUGGCCACGCUGCCCCAGCGGGUCGCCAACAGAUUAGAGGUUGACACCCCGAAGGGUUUCUCCCACGAGAACUACUCGUACUACUUAAUGUUCCACGUGAUCCGAGUGAUGGACUUCAUGUCCGACAGUAGCUUCCACCUGGGCGCGCAGUAUAACCUCAAGUGCCUCGCGCACUUACUGUCCAAGAUCAUCACCAACUACUACAUGGGCGGGAACUCGCCCGUCAUCGCCAGCUUUGUGGACAUACUGGCGGGCUGGACGGAGACACAGGGACCUGACAGAUAUGUCAAGCGGAAGCUCAUACAGACAAUACUGCGACAUCUGUCGCGACAGGCCAUUGAGUAUCUGUGUGUAGUGCUACUCAAGCGGUGCCCCAUUGACUACAAAGCGGACCAACAGAUCAUAUACAAUGUCAUCGGGGACAACUUCGAUACCAGCAAUGACUGGAAGGAAAUCCUCAGUUACAAGAUCCCAUUCUAUGUGAAGCCCAAGGAUUACAAGGACACGACGAUACAGGAGAACCUCCUGUACUACCUGUCGUACACGAAGCACUCGGAGAGCAAUGUGAACGACCUGGUCCUGCGCCUCAGUACCGUCUGGGCAGACGUACGAGUGGCCAACACCUGUAACCUGGCCGAGCACAUCUACAUCUCACAGCUGCUCAUACUGGCCGUCAGGUACCGGGUCACCAUGUCGCUGUGGACCAAGUCCGUGUGGAAGACUACCGAGCUCAAAAACAUAUUGCUCCGCGGCAUGGGCAAGCACCUCGACGUUCUGUCCCCAGAGUACCGCUGUGUCGGCAUGGCCACCAUAGAGACCCUGCUCAGGAUCAUGGCGGAGCUGGACACUGACAAGAAGGCCGAGCUGAAGUUUGAGUACGAGGAGAUGAGCGACGCGUGCAAGGAGAUACACCAGAACCUCACGGAGCUAGCACAUCGCUGCCUCAUCGACCAUCGCCGCCGCGGGCCCGACGACCACGUGCCCCGACCCUUGCAUCUCAAGCGGAAUCUGGACUUCAUCGCGCGGAAGUUCUCCGACAACGAGAACUGUAGGGAACACAACACACUGGUCAGCUGCGCGGUCAAGGGGCCCGAGCAAACGAAGGAGAUUGUUAAAACUAUCAUAUCUGUGAAGCUGGAUGCGCUCGAUGGCAAGCAGGAAGACCUGGACUCUGACGACGACCUCAUGCCAUACGACAUGAGCAACGACGUGCCCGCCGCCGCCAGGAAGCAUCCCAAGUACCUGCGAGACCUUAUAGAGCUCAUCGUAGACGCGCUUGACGUGGAACUGUUUGAAGGGAGCUUACAGGUCGCUGAGCAACUCGUCAACAAACAACUCAGGGACGAAGACGUUAAAGUAGUUAUCGAAUUAUUAGAUUUAUUCGUGCAUCUCGAGCCAAAGUACCAGAUAGAUGACUUCGAUAAUAUAAAGUUUAGGACGUGCGUCGCCAUCGUAUGCGAGCGGCCCGAGGUGGCGGCCGAGCAUCUGUGUCGCGAGAUACACACUGACAUCGGACGGUACUCCAUCGCCACCAAACUGUUCAUGCUGGACGUCCUGUCCGAGGCUGUCAAUAGGAUAGCUGACGUGUACUCGCACAGGGACAAACCCGAGCCCGCGGCGGAGAUAAUAUGCGAGCCGCAAGAAGACUUACCGCCCGAGGAGAUAAUCAGGCGAAGACUGAUCAACAAAACUAGGUACUUCCACACGAUACGGCCACACCCCUUCGCGAAAGCCAAGAAGAAUCGAUUCGCGGCAGUGUCAGACUAUUUUUUCUUCCCCUUACUGGGCGGGUUCGGUCACCACCAGCUCACCCUGAACCACCACACGCUGAAGCAGGACGUGGACAAUAUCUUACUGUUAAAGUUCCUCUCAGUGCUGGGCAACGUGGUGCUGGCGUCGAAGAACUGUCCGCGAGUGUCCGUGUACAGCUGGGAGGUGGUGAAGGUAGUGCUGUACAUGAGAUACAGCCCGGACCCCAAGAUUCAGACCAGCGUCAUGUCGCUACUAGCCUCCGUGGUGAUAGCGGUGCCGCCCAGUAUACUGAAGGCGGAGUUCUUCGACGUAAUGAUGGAGCUGAGGUCGUGGCUGGUGGACUGCCUGAGGAACGUGGACCUGACGAUGAGACUGGGCGGUCCACAGUCCGAGGCCGCCAUAUUCGCGGGACAAGUGCUCGGACUCAUGGAGAAGACGCUGGGAGACAGUGCCGAGUGAUAUGUUAGUGUAUAGGACCUAGUAGAGUAAGUGUACUCGUCAUUCUGAAUGUACAUGGUAGGUGGCCUGGCCACAGUCUGAUUCCAAUGUUACUAUGUGUUACUUUUUGAUGUUAUUGCGAUGUAUUGUAGCGACUCCUGAACUAUGUGUCUGUAUAUACCCACCGUCAAUAUAAUUAUUAUUACUAAGCGUUGUUGUUUUAUUCAGAACUGACGUACCUAUACCAACAUACAUUUAAGAGAUUAUACACCGUAGUUUAGUAAGAACAUGAACAUUAAAACGGUUAUUAAUUAACAUCCUAAUUAAUGCGUCAUAAUUGUAAUGU